AUGGCAAUAACGGAGGACAAGUCGAGGCGGAACAAGAGGAAAGUGCGUGAACUGGAGGUGGAAACGAAGCCUGCCUUCAGUGACGCGGUAAAUUUGGACAUGGUGAGCGACGACGAGGGAGGCGGAGAUGACGAUCAGGACGCGGACACCGACCAUGAAGUUGAAGACUUUCCGGAGAUUGACACGGGAAGUGACAGCGAGGUGGGAAGUGAAGAGUCGGAGGAGGACGAAGAGGAUGAAGUGAGCGAGGAAGAGGAGGAGGACGAGAGUGAGGAAGAUGAGGACCCGUCCGAAGAAGGGGAUUCUGGCUCAGAUUCUGCCAUUCAUAUAUUCCCCAAAGUCAAGUCCACUAUUUCGAACAUUACAGGACGACCAAAACGCGUAUACCCAGAGAUUGAGCCAGACUACGAAUCGGAUUCUUCUAUUGAGGACGACCCCAACCGCAUUGGCAACAUCCCCUUGCAUUGGUACGAUGAUCUUCCGCACAUAGGCUACGACAUCAAUGGAAAACGGAUCCUCCGACCCGCUAAGGGGGAUGAGCUAGACAAAUUCCUCGAGACGAUGGAAGACCCAGCUUCCUGGACCUCUGCAUUUGAUAAGAACACGCAAAUGAACAAGCCCUUGACAGCCGAAGAGUUGGAAAUCAUUCACAGGCUACAACUGGGCGAGAACCCCGAUGCUGCCUAUGAUCCUUAUGAACCCACAGUGGAGUGGUUCACUGGGAAGGGAAAGGAAGAAAUCAUGCCCCUAUCUGCCGCACCUGAGCCCAAGCGCAGGUGGCUUCCCAGUAAGUGGGAAAAACAAAAGAUCAUGAAGAUCGUCCGUGCCAUACGUCAAGGCCGAAUUGUAGGCUCCAAGCCCAAAACUGCGCAGAAUACACCACAGUUCUAUGCUAUUUGGAAUGAACCUGCGUCGAAUCAACCUCCGCCUCUCCCUGCGCCAAAGCUGCCGCCACCCACUCACGCCGAGUCUUACAAUCCGCCAGAAGAGUACCUUCCUACAGAGGCAGAGCGCAAAGAAUGGGAAAACGCUGAACCAGAGGAUCGCGAGCGCGACUUCAUUCCUCAAAAAUACGCGGCGCUGCGACUGGUACCUGGAUAUGAACGAUUUAUCAAGGAUCGCUUCAGCAGACAGCUGGAUUUAUAUCUCGCCCCACGCGUGCAAAGGAAGAAACUCAACAUCGACCCUAACAGCCUUCUACCUAAGCUACCGAGUCCCAGUAGCUUACGACCAUUCCCGACAUAUCAAAGUCUCAAAGUUAUACAUCCUGGCAGUAGAGUAAGGUGUGUAAGCGUGAGCCCAGAUGGAGCGUGGGUGGUCAGCGGCGACGAAACUGGUGUUGUAUACCUUUGGGAAGUCAUCGUUGGCCGCGAGGACAGCAAGAUCGGUGCUAUUGAGUGGUGUCCCCGAACAGAUGUCAGUUAUUUUGUUGUCAGCGUGGAGGACAAGUUACUUUUCAUCGUGCCACCAAACCUUCCUAGUGCGGUUCUUUCAUCGACACAAAAUGCACUUACACCUGCUCCUCUACCUCCUCCGACAACAUCGCCCAUCAAGUGGGCAUCUACCUCUCGGGCAGAAGAUGAUAUAAUAUUGACCAUCACGCUCCCGGCUAUAUCAGGCCUGUCGAAACAAAUAACAUGGCAUCGUAGAGGGGAUUAUUUGGCAUCAGUCUCUAGUAACGAAAGCCAAGUAUGGAUUCACCAGGUGUCCCGUAGACAUUCUCAGGCCCCCUUCAAAAAAAUUAAAGGCACCAUUCAACUCGUUUUGUUCCACCCCAUUAAGCCGCAUUUCUUUGUUGCUACACAGCAAUAUGUCCGGCUGUACGACUUAAUGCAACAGAAGUUGAUCAAAACGCUGAUGCCUGGGAUAAAGUGGAUAUCUUCCAUGGAUAUUCAUCCUUCUGGUGAUCAUGUUAUCGUUGGCGGAUACGACAGAAAGCUCUGCUGGUUUGAUCUGGAGUUGAGCGAAAAGCCUUACAAAAUCUUACGAUACCACAGCCGAGCCAUCCGUUCACUACACUUCCACCCAACAUACCCCCUUUUCGCCUCUUCUUCGGAUGAUGGCUCCAUUCAGGUUUUCCACAGCCGAGUAUACAAUGAUCUCACAACUGAUCCGCUAAUUGUACCUCUAAAAAUUCUUCGUGGCCACGACGUCAAUGACGGGCUUGGCGUCCUGCAGGUCAAAUGGGCAAACAAGCAACCAUGGCUUGUGAGUGCAGGAGCAGAUGGAAAAGUGGUUGUGUGGUGUAGUAGUAGUUGAGUCCGUUGACUUCGUACACAUGUCAUUUUCCAUUCCAAGACGAUGAGGAUGUGAUCAAGCCGUAGGUUCGACGGCUCCAUCACUUCGUUGGGUACAGGUGUUACUUAUACGAAGGCUUGGUAUGUACGAAGACAGAAUUGUGUCAAAGCCCGAGAAUUAGGUACCGCACGCUCGUUCUGGGUUUGGGGUGAUGCUAUGGAGUGAAUGUCGACCAAGGGGGGCGAAGACACUUCUGGAUAUUCAGAAUUUCAGACUUGAAAUUUGGAAGGUCAUCUCCGCCGUGAAGGUCUCC